CGCUUCUUGGUCGCAAGUACCUAAUAAAAGCGAAGGAAGUCGCGGUCGAGUUUAAAGUUGCCGUGACCGCAGUCUAAUUUGAGGUCGCGAAGGAACUUGGUGGAGAGAUGAGGGAAUUAAUUAUUACCGCCGUACUCGUCGUAAUCGCAGGGGCGGCGAACUCGCUCGCUCCGAGAGCAGGAUGUGCCAUAUCGAUUAACCAACACCUGCCUGACCCCCAAGCCCUUGUUAUCAAUCCGCAAGGCUCACUCGACAUUUUCGGUUUCUACCUGCCUCAGACUGGUGACGUCGUGUCCUUCGACGUCGGCCAGGAAGUUCUCUUUGCCUGUCCGGGCGCCACCCUGAAUGUGACAGGCACCCCUGAGGCCCUGGCGACGUGCGUUGACGGAACAACUUUCCAACUUUCGGAUGGCACUCAAUACGAUUUUACUCUUCUGGGCUGCACUAAAUUGCCUUUCCACACUUAUCAAGACACAGGACGUCUUUGCGGAAGACCUCAAGAAAUUUAUCCCAUUUAUGGUUUUGGAUUUGAGCUGUCGGAUGGUACCUUUUACAAAAUUUUAGAGACCUGUUUUGACCCUGAAAAGGCUUCCACGAGGUACUCCGUUUUUGUGCAAACUCCAGAAAUUAGAGGUUAUCAGUCUGGCUACCCCCGACCUUCCUUUUUCCUCGAGGGUCCAUUCUAUAACGGCUUCGAUGUCUACCAAGCCUAUACACGCGAUAACCAGACUGCAACUUUAGCCAACAUUCUCGGUUCAAUGGAUUUGGCCCUGCAAUAUGUGAACCAAAGUUUCUCCAGCUCCUUCUACAUGGCCAGAGGCCACCUGGCCGCCAAGGCUGACUACGUUUAUGGUGCUCACCAAAGAGCCACUUUUUGGUACUUGAAUGUCGCCCCGCAAUGGCAGACUUUCAAUGAGGCAAACUGGGCCCAACUGGAAUAUGAUGCGCGCAUUUACAGCGGCCUUAGGAACGGCCCUUUGAUGGUCUACACCGGCACCCACGGCCAGGCGGUCCUGCCUGACAUAAACGACAACCUUCAGCCCCUUUAUCUCGGCUUGGAUGCAAACAACAACCCCAUCGUGCAUGUGCCGGAAAUUUAUUGGAAGGUUUUGUACGAUCCAUUAACCAAGGAAGGGGUGGCGUUUGUGGGCAGUAACAACCCUUAUCUGGACAACCCUCCUGGUUUUGUCAAGUGCACAAACGUGUGCGACCAGUUGACGUGGCUCAACUGGGACCCGCAAAAUGUGACUGCGGGAUUGUCAUACUGUUGCGAGGUCAAUGAACUGGCAGCAACUGUACUUGAGAUCCCCGACCUCACCGUCACCGGAUUGCUUACAUAAUUUUUUGAUGAUGGAAAAUUUAAUUAAAUAAAAUUAAUUAGAAUUUUAAAAGAAAUGAAAAAAAUUAGGUAAAUUAAAUAAA